AUGGCGGGUGAAAUUUGGAACACACUUCCUGUACAGUUGAGGGAAGGUUUCAUCACAGAUCGACGGCUGUUCAAAAGAACAUUGAAACAUCAUUAUUUCAACACUCGCUACGUGCAGCUUACUAGCAAAGAAAGCGGUUUGGCUGCAACCAGGGCAUCUGACGAGAAGAUCAAAAAGUACGACGGAGCUCUCCCCUCGAUGGAGUUUUUACCGAUUUGUAUCGAGGUCCUCGGCCCCAUGGACCGUAACACCUCCGGGUUUUUCAAUCGAAUUUGCAAAAAUAUCAGUAUUAGGUCAGGCGAUAUAAUCGGCCCGGAUUACUCUGGUGUUUUUGAUAAGCUGACGGCCGUGCUGAAAUGUGUACCGGUGUACGACCAUAUCCCUAAGCCAGGCAGGGAGAAGUUCGCACAUGAUCUGAACGCCUUGCUGACGGCUGUUUGUAACGACCCUGGUGACCCGGCUCACUGGGUUAGACUCCACUGUUUUGUCCCAUACGUCUUACAGAAGACUUCCAGAGGAGGUCGCCGGGUCAACCAGGGCAAUCUGGUCAACAAGCGUCUAAGCGAAUAUUCAACUAUUGGUCUUGAAACCCUUGUACUGUGCUUUGAUGGGUUCAAUAAUGCCAAAUCACAAAAGCACAACCCCGAUCGAUGGAUCAACGCUGUGUCAUCUUGUAUUGAACAAUUGCGGGUCUUUCCCGCAUUGACACCAACGGCUGGUUGCGUUUCUCCCGCCGAGGUGCUGAGGGCCGUUAAAUCUUUCAAAAACGGUUCUUCUGGAGGCCUGGAUGGCCUACGACCCCAGCACCUUAAGGAUGUUUUUUCAGGCCCCUUGCCAAUUGACGACACACUGAACUCCUUAACCCAAUUCAUUAAUUUGAUCCUAUCUGGAGCUUGCCCACUCUCCCUCUCUGAGCUUGAAUUCGCCCUGGGUCGUGUUUCCUGUCUUUCGGCCCAUGAUGCCUUGACUAUUAUCCGCAAUGCCCUCAGUUUGCCCAAAUUGAUGUACUUCCUGCGUACAUCUAAACACAUUGACCCUUCUAAAUUGGGCGAAUUUGACGGAGCCCUGCGCACCGCCCUGUCGUCGAUUUGCAAUGUUCAAGUGACCGACAUGUCUUCAUUUUAUGAGGCCUUGAACAUUUGCCAGAGUAUGGACAGUUUGUUGGCUAGUGUUGGUUCUGUCAGCGAAAAAUCUUUCAUCGCCGAUAGAUGCGAGUACCUAAGUAGACACGAUUUUUGGAUUGGGAUGUAUCGACUGGAAUGUAAAAAAACUGAACCUCACCAUUAUUGGCUGGAUGGAUCUGAUUUUGUUUUCAGCGGUUGGAAUUCAGGUCAACCUAACAGCGAUGUUUGCUGUGCGAGGAUGAACAAGUUGGAUGUAAACUGGGGAUGGAGUGAUAAGGAUUGCCGUUUUUCGGGAUAUCGUUACAUCUGCGAAAAGCCGCUUUCAAAAAAAUUAAUGACACAGAAAAGGGCAAUCAAGCGUUUGAGCAACAAAUACGUAAUCAGCGAUAACCUGCAAGUGGUACAGAACAGGAGAUGCUCAACAUUGUACUGCAUUUCAAUGUGUGCACAGAAGUGGAUUUGUGCUGGCUUCAACUUGCGACCAUUAGUCCGCGGUGGAUGUCAGUGUGAACUGAAAGAUGCCAGAAGCUGGUUGACGCUUGCAAACGCCAGCGCAGUUGGGACUGCUUACUGGAGCUAUCCGAUUUAUGGCUAUGACAAGAUCUAG